AAUGGCGUUUACAGGGACACUAGACAAAUGCAAGGCGUGUGACAAGACUGUCUACGUUAUGGAUUUGAUGACGUUGGAAGGAAUGCGUUACCACAAGUCAUGCUUCAGGUGCAGCCAUUGCAAUGGCACUCUCGUGAUUAGCAACUACUCAUCCAUGGAUGGAGUUCUGUAUUGCAAACCACAUUUUGAACAGCUCUUCAAAGAAUCUGGAAACUUCAGCAAAAAUUUUCAGUCAGCAGGAAAGACCGAGAAAACGAAUGACGUGACGAGGGCUCCAAGCAAGCUAUCUUCCUUCUUUAGUGGAACACAAGACAAAUGUCCAGCUUGUAAGAAAACUGUUUAUCCUCUAGAGAAGAUCACAAUGGAAGGGGAAUCUUACCACAAGACUUGCUUUAGAUGUGCACACGGUGGCUGUCCAUUAACACACUCUUCAUACGCUGCUCUCAAUGGUGUCCUUUACUGUAAGGUUCAUUUCAGUCAGCUUUUCCUCGAGAAAGGUAACUACAAUCAUGUCCUCCAAGCUGCUAACAACCGACGCACACCUGAGGAAGACAAAAUUGAACCCAACGAAAAUGAAGCAAACCCUAAAGAAGAAGAAGAAGAAACUUCUGAUGCAGUCCCUGAAGAACAUGAGUCCUAA